AUGUCAAUGGACAGCAUAAUGAGAGCAGCUUCACUUUUGCUGAUUGCGUCGCUCUGCCUGUUUGCUUCAUGGGCUUUUGAGGUGCGAGCGAGUGAAGGAGGGGAUCAGGCCAAGUCCGACAUCUGGACAGAAGUGAGGAUGCUCAGACAGAUGGUGGUGCAGCAGCAGGUGGAGCUGAGGAACAUGGAGGCCAGGCUGAAGGAGGCAGAGAUACAGGCAGGUGAGCAGGAGUUGGACCUUCUCCAAACUAAAACCCACUUGGAGGAGCUGAGACGGGAUCAUGUUGAUGCGGAGAAGAGACUGAGCGCCAGUGAAAUACAAGGACAAGAGCUGAGGCAAGAAAACACGGAGCAGGCUGCAGAACUGACAGAUCUCAGUGUAAGGCUGGAGGUCAGUGAGAGGCAAGUAGAAAAGCUGAAGGUGGAGCUUGAAAACAACGCAGUUGAGCUUUUGUCCACACAAGCCAGAGUGACAGUGAACAGAAACGACGUGCAGCUCCUACAACGCAGGUUGGACGAUGCACAGACUCAGAACACAGCCCAAGAUGGUAAACUUUCAUCUUUACUGGACAGGACAAACACUACUGAGCAACAAGUGGAUCUUCUAAUCAAAGACAAUGCAAAGGUGGCGUUUUAUGCUGCUUUGACGGACUCAGAAGACGUGGGGCCUCACAGUUCUCCAACAGUUCUGAAGUUCAGCAAGGUCUUCACUAAUGUCGGCAAAGCCUACAGCGCCACCACUGGUCUCUUCACGGCACCGGUGAAAGGGGUGUACGUUUUUAGAUUCACCAUUUGUGGUUACAUGAAGGAGGGCGUCACAAUGGGAGUGCGACUCUUCCACAACGAGAAGUCCAUAGUGUAUAAUUUACAGACCUGGUCUCAUGAGCGUUAUGGUUUAGACCAUUUUGAGUACCUUUCCAAUGCCGUUGUUCUAGAGCUGAAUGUCGGUGAUGAGAUACAUUUGGUUCUGCCAGAAAACGAGACCAUCUUUGAUAAUUACAACAGUCAUAGCACACUCAGCGGGUUCUUGCUUUUCCGUAUGUAA